GACCCCGGAAGCCCUCCCCGCACUGCUCUCGCAUCUCUUUGCAGCCUGUUCCUGCGCCCGACUGGCCGAGGACCCCGGACAGCAGAGGCCCCGGGACGACCAAGCUGAUGGCGUCUUCGACCCCUUCUUCGUCCGCAACCUCCUCGAAUGCGGGAGCGGACCCCAAUACUACCAACCUGCGCCCCACAACGUAUGACACCUGGUGCGGCGUGGCCCAUGGAUGCACCAGAAAACUGGGGCUCAAGAUCUGCGGCUUCUUGCAGAGGACCAACAGCCUGGAAGAGAAGAGCCGGCUUGUGAGCGCCUUCAAGGAGAGACAGUCCUCCAAGAACCUGCUUUCCUGUGAAAACAGUGACAGGGAUGGCCGUUUCCGGCGCACAGAGACUGACUUCUCCAACCUGUUUGCUCGAGAUCUGCUUCCGGCAAAGAAUGGGGAGGAGCAAACUGUGCAGUUCCUACUGGAAGUGGUAGACAUACUGCUCAACUAUGUCCGCAAGACGUUUGAUCGCUCCACCAAGGUGCUGGACUUCCAUCACCCACACCAGCUGCUGGAAGGCAUGGAGGGCUUCAACUUGGAGCUCUCAGACCACCCCGAGUCCCUGGAGCAGAUCUUGGUUGACUGCAGAGACACCCUGAAGUAUGGGGUCCGUACAGGUCAUCCUCGAUUUUUCAACCAGCUCUCUACUGGAUUGGAUAUCAUUGGUUUAGCUGGAGAAUGGCUGACAUCAACUGCCAAUACCAAUAUGUUUACAUAUGAAAUUGCACCAGUAUUUGUCCUCAUGGAGCAAAUAACACUUAAGAAGAUGAGAGAGAUAGUUGGAUGGUCAAGUAAAGACGGUGAUGGGAUAUUUUCUCCUGGGGGAGCCAUCUCCAACAUGUACAGCAUCAUGGCCGCUCGCUACAAGUUCUUCCCAGAAGUUAAGACAAAGGGCAUGGCGGCCAUUCCCAAACUGGUCCUCUUCACCUCAGAACACAGUCACUAUUCCAUAAAGAAGGCUGGAGCUGCACUUGGCUUUGGAACUGACAAUGUGAUUUUGAUAAAGUGCAAUGAAAGAGGGAAGAUAAUUCCAGCUGAUUUAGAGGCGAAAAUUCUUGAUGCCAAGCAAAAGGGAUUUGUUCCUCUCUAUGUCAAUGCAACUGCUGGUACGACGGUGUAUGGAGCUUUUGAUCCAAUACAGGAGAUUGCAGAUAUAUGUGAGAAAUAUAACCUAUGGCUACAUGUCGAUGCUGCCUGGGGCGGCGGGCUGCUCAUGUCCAGGAAGCAUCGCCACAAACUCAGUGGCAUAGAAAGGGCCAACUCAGUCACCUGGAACCCUCACAAGAUGAUGGGCGUGCUGUUGCAGUGCUCUGCCAUUCUUGUCAAGGAAAAGGGUAUACUCCAAGGAUGCAACCAGAUGUGUGCCGGAUACCUUUUCCAGCCAGACAAGCAGUAUGAUGUCUCCUAUGACACCGGGGACAAGGCGAUCCAGUGUGGCCGCCACGUGGACAUUUUCAAGUUCUGGCUGAUGUGGAAAGCAAAGGGCACAGUGGGAUUUGAAAAUCAGAUCAACAAAUGCUUGGAACUGGCUGAAUACCUCUAUGCCAAGAUUAAAAACAGAGAAGAAUUUGAGAUGGUUUUUGAUGGGGAGCCUGAGCAUACAAAUGUCUGUUUCUGGUAUAUUCCACAAAGCCUCAGGGGCAUUCCGGAUAGCCCUGAACGACGGGAAAAACUACACAGGGUGGCCCCCAAAAUCAAAGCGCUGAUGAUGGAGUCUGGCACGACCAUGGUUGGCUACCAGCCUCAGGGGGACAAGGCCAACUUUUUCCGGAUGGUCAUCUCGAACCCAGCCGCUACGCAGUCUGAUAUUGACUUCCUCAUUGAGGAGAUAGAAAGACUGGGCCAGGAUCUGUAAUUGCCCUCCACAGACCAUGAGUUUAUGGGAAUUCCUUUUCCUUCUGGCACUCUAGAACAACCUCUAUAAAUGGCUAAACCACAUAGGCUAUUUCAUUGAGGGGAAAUAUAAUAUCUCAAAGAAUACUGUUUAAACCUUACUUAAGCUUGUUAUAGUUAGUAGGAAAUAAUGUUCUUUUUAAAAAGUUGCCCAAUAGGAACACAGUAUAUAUGUACAGUUAUAUAUACGUCUCUCUCUAUAUGUAUAUGUAUGUAUCAUCGUGAGUGUGGCUUGGUGAUAGAUCACAGCAUGUCUCCCACUCCAAGAGAAUUAACUUUACCUUCAGCAGUUACUGAGGGGCCAAACAUGCUGCAAACCAGCUUGCCCAACAAUCCCAGGAAAGAUGUUUUUCAAGAUGUUGUGUCAUAGGGACCAAGGGACAUCCUGUUGGCGAGAGUUGACCUCGUUGUCAGUGUUUCUCCUACCUGAGGUGAUGACAGAUGAAACGAAGUACCACUAGGUGACAAGAGUCACACCCUCUCCAUUAGUAUCCUGUUAGGGGAAAAUCAUAGCAGAGUCAUUGUUACAGGUGUGUUGUUGUUGUAUUUUGGGGGACUAAUUUGUGUAGAUUGUGUAUAUUUCUGUUGUCUGACCUUUGGGGGGUAGGGGAAGAACACAUGUAAUGAUUUCAAUGACUGUUUAAAUUGUAGGUAAAUGACAACUGUUUAAAUUGUAGGUAAAUGAAAUAAUUGCUUAUUUAUAUUCAGAGAUUUACCAUGCUAAAGAGGCGUCUUGUAUUUUCUUCCCAUUUGUAAUGUAUCUUAUUUAUAUAUUAAUGCAGUAAGUUCGGGAAAUUGUUUAUGGUAUUUUCGUGCAUUUGUGAGCCAAAGAAAAAAGAUUAAAAUUAGUGAGACUUGUAUUUAUAUUAGAGUGCCCUUAAAAUAAUGAUCAAAGCAUAAGUUUACUGUCUGUAAGAGAAUUCUGAUACUGUACAUAGAAUCAUCUGUAUGGAAAUCCCAUGACUUAAAUAGCAUCUGCUCUUCUAUUACCCUCUCUGUCUGGCUAUAUGUCUGGUGUUCUCAAUGCUUUUCUAGUAACUGUUGGAUAAUAACUAGAUCUCCUGUAAUUUUGUAGUAGUUCAUGACCAAUCUCUGUGACUCGCUUAGCUCAAACCUAAGGCAACGUUUCCGAAGACCUUCUGAAGAGCUCCCAUAAAUUGACCAGGCUCACAACUGUUUUUGAGGAAAGGAAAUUCACACUGUGCAUUUUAGAGUAUGCAAGACGAAUAUAAAUAAAUA